UGUGGCAACCUCGCCUUGACAACUCUUUGGAGUAAUGAGAUUUUCCAGCUGAUGCUCCUGUUCGCGGCAUUUUGACUGCCGCUUUCGAAAAAGGAUGAGAGAGCGUUGCUAAGUGGUGAGGAGAAGUGCCUUGUGUUUGGGUUUAGAUACGCUUGGCUAUACUUGCGUUCCAAUGCCAUUACGGUAUUGAUUAUCAUAUUUAUUUGUGUGGGAUCUUACGGUGAUUGAGAGCACUAUAUUGAGGCGAAUUUGCUGUGGCACAAAUUCAGAGAAAUGGCAGAUUUAGAUAUAAAACAUGAAGUAACAGAAUUGACGAAGUCUCCCAGUAACUCGAAAGAAACACGGAAACUACAACACUGGAAGACCUCAUAUUGGAACAAUUUUGGAAGUAACUCAGAGCAUUCAGAAGGGACCCAAAGUUUUGCUCCUAAGUUAAAUGUAUUUCAACAAAGAAUGGCAAAACGCGCAAGGAAAGUAGGUACAUGGGAUACAAAGCGAAAAAGAACACAAGAUGAUGACAUUACUUUUCAUGAUAAUAAAGUACACAGAGAUUCAUCUUGGGGCAGUAAUCAUCGUGAUGGUAGUUUCAAUGAGUCUCCACGUUCGCCUCAAAAUUUUAAAUCCAAAAGGAGACUUGUGAUUGAAACGGAUCCGUCUAUUCUAGCUAGGCGUCAAAAACAAAUUGACUAUGGGAAAAAUACAAUUUGCUAUGAUGAAUAUCGACGUUGUGUUCCCAAGGAUAAAAGACAACGUAGUGAUCCUAGUACUCCUCCAAAGAAUAUUCAAUUCAGUAGAAGAGCAUGGGAUGGACUGAUAAAGGUCUGGCGCCAGAAGCUCCACAGCUGGGACCCACCUCAAAAUGAGAGCAUGGUGAGAGGGGGUGGAUCCAUGUCGGGGCAGCCUUGUGACGUCGCCCCACUAUAUAUCCGUGACAGCCCUGGCACCCUGGCGUUAUGUCCUGUGUUGGACUCCAUGAUGAGUGGAAAGCACGGAGAUGAAUUACUAUCCAUCAUAUCAAUACUAAAUCACCCCCUGCUCUCUUCCGCAUGGGAGAGAUGUGCAGAAAGAAGUAUUGAUUUGAAUAGCAUCUUUUUAAAGGAUGAAGACAGAUCGAAGAACCCUGGUUUCCUCGUGGCAUGCGACGAGGAAGGCAAACACUUGGUGGUAAAGAGGAUAAGAUGGCUGCUCUCAAAGCCGUCUCCAGACUCGAGAGCUUUACCAAAAGGAAUAAAAAAUGGUGCUGGGGUUGAAGAGACAGCUGGUAGUUUAGUGGAGUAA